AGGAAGUGCGGCUGGUUUUCCCGGCUGCGCUCGGGGUCGGCGGCUCGGCGCGAUGCGCUGGGACCCAGGUGCGGGCGGUGGGGCGCGCGGAUGAAGCCCCGGCCCGAUGGAGGCAUCACCGUGGGAGCCUGUGAGCAACGACUCGCUGCCGCCCACGCUGAGCCCCGCGGUGCCGCCCUACGUGAAGCUCGGCCUCACGGCCGUCUACACCGCCUUCUACGCGCUGCUGUUUGCCUUCAUCUACGCGCAGCUCUGGCUGGUGCUGCGCUAUGGCCACAAGCGCUUCAGUUACCAGAGCGUCUUCCUCUUCCUCUGCCUCUUCUGGGCGUCGCUGAGGACCGUGCUCUUCUCCUUCUACUUCCGAGACUUCGUGGCGGCCAACUCGCUCAGCCCCUUGGUCUUCUGGCUGCUUUACUGCUUCCCGGUGUGCCUACAGUUCUUCACCCUCACUCUUAUGAACCUGUACUUCACGCAGGUGAUUUUCAAAGCCAAGUCGAAAUAUUCUCCAGAAUUACUCAAAUAUCGGUUGACCCUCUACCUAGCCUCUCUCUUUAUCAGCCUUAUUUUCCUGUUGGUGAAUCUGACCUGCGCGGUGCUGGUGAAGACAGGACACUGGGAGAGGAAGGCCAUCGUCUCCGUGCGCGUGGCCAUCAAUGACACACUCUUUGUGCUGUGUGCCAUCUCUCUCUCCAUCUGCCUGUACAAAAUCUCCAAGAUGUCCCUGGCCAACAUCUACCUGGAGUCAAAGGGCUCCUCAGUGUGUCAAGUGACUGCCAUCGGAGUCACUGUCAUCUUGCUCUACGCCUCUCGGGCCUGCUACAACCUGUUCACCUUGUGGUUUUCUCAGAUCAAGAAUGUCCGCUCCUUUGAUUACGACUGGUACAACGUAUCGGACCAGGCAGAUCUGAAGAACCAGCUGGGCGAUGCUGGCUAUGUAGUUUUUGGAGUGGUGCUGUUCAUAUGGGAGCUGUUACCCACCACUUUGGUUGUUUAUUUCUUCCGAGUCAGAAAUCCCACAAAGGACAUUACCAAUCCUGGGAUGGUCCCCAGCCAUGGAUUCAGUCCCAGGUCUUACUUCUUUGACAACCCCCGAAGAUAUGACAGUGAUGAUGAUCUGGCCUGGAACAUUGCCCCUCAGGGCCUUCAUGGAAGUUUUGCUCCAGACUGCUAUGAUUGGGGACAACAAACUAACAGUUUCCGGGCACAAGUUGGACCUUUCCAACAAGACUGCUUCGGUCCAGACAAACGAAGCCAGGGGCAGCACCAGCUGACAGCUUCCUCUGUUGAAAACCUUCAGAAAGACCAACUGGAUGACAGCUGAGUUUUUUAGGGCACUUUUCAUUAUGACAUAGGACUUGAUUUUUGUUACAGAUUUCUAAUGGCUCCAUAGGACUAAGCAAUAACUUAGAUUGAUAAACUCUUAUUUUAGCACUGGUAAGAGAGCCUGGCUAGUGGGUAUAAUUUAAACUUCUUACAGAAAAUCUGUACUUUUAUGAACAUUUUAUAUAACUUACUACUAAUGCUAAAGUAUAGUAGGGUUUUAUUUGUCAUUGCAAUAUAUGUUGUAGUUUGCACAGUCUUUCACACAUAAUUCACUUUAAAAGAUACAAUGUGCCGGGCAUGGUGGCGCACGCCUUUAAUCCCAGCACUCAGGAGGCAGAGACAGGAGGAUCUCUGUGAGUUCAAGGCCAGCCUGGUCUACAUAGUGAGUUCCAGGACACCUGGGGCUACAGGGAGACCCUGUCUCAACAAACAAAACAAAAAACCUGUGUGGUCUAAUUUUUAAAGGCUUCUGGACUAAAAUUUCUUCGAAUACUUACCUCUGAAGGCCAGUGAGGACCACUCUGUGAGCUCCACACUGGCAGACUCCUGAAGUGGACAUGCCAUAAACUAGCUGCUGCUCCAGUGUAAAGUUUACAGGAAGCAGCACCCGUUUGCCGUAACGGGCUCGGCAGAAGUUACUCUUCAGCAUGGCCUGAGGUCUGCCACCUUCUCCCUCAACCAGCACUACUCUGUACACUCCAGUGGCAAUGGGGCACUGCUAAGAUGUAGUGGGCUCACUAUUAAACCUCUGCUGUACAGA